AUGAAGAAUCAUCCAACCUCAAACCACGACCACGUCCCAAUCUGCCUAUAUAUAGCCCCCUUCAUUCCCCUUCACACUCUCUUCAAAACUCAAUCCCCUACACAUCAAUGUGAUCCCGCCAAAGGAAAAACCAGCAGGCAAAAUGGCCCCCAACAGAGUCCUCACCUCUCCCUCUCCCCCCAGCAACGAGCCCGGCACAAUCCUCCUCGAGACCGCAAACCUCAUCAUCCGCCGCUGGCACCCCUCAGACGCCCCCGCGCUCGCCUUAGCAGCCAACUUCCCCUCCAUCACGCCCAACCUGCGAGACCGCUUCCCCAUGCCCUACACCCUCGCCGACGCAGAGAGCUACCUCACCAACUUCGUCUUCUCCGAGGAAGGUUACCCGCACGCCAUGGCCAUCUUCGUCAAGCCAAACUCUGGCCACAACAGUUCCUCUGAGCCGCUCUUCAUUGGAGGGGCGGGCCUCGAGAGUAAGGGUGAUGUGUAUUAUCGUACGUGGGAGCUCGGAUACUGGUUCACGCCGUCGGCGUGGGGGAAGGGCUAUGCGACGGAGUUUGCAAAGGCGGUUGUGCCGUGGGCGUUUAAGACGUGGCCGAGGUUGAAUAGGAUUGAGGCCUUUGCGUAUGCGAGGAACGAGGCGAGUCAGAAGGUUUUGAGGAAAUGCGGGUUCGCUUUGGAGGGUGUGAGGAGGGGGGCUUUGGAGAAGGAUGGAGAGGUGCUGGAUGAGUGUGUGAUGGGAAUUCUGAGGAGUGACGUUAUUAAAGAAUGAGACUGCUACUUGUGGAGAAAUAUGAGGUGUGAUUGAGAUUUGUGUAUAUCUGGAGAAAAAGUUGGAUGUAUCAUAGAAUAUGACUAUGUGUGUAAACUAAGAGAAUUGUCAUUUGUCGCUGUAGCUAAAUCAGUUAUCCUGUUAUCAUAGAGUACCGCUCCCUUA